AUGGCAUCCUCCCACAAUAUAGAUACCCUACCUCUCAGAUGGAGUACAAGCAGCGACGAUGAAGUCGAAGCGAAUAUCGAAUCCCUUCGACACGAACAGUCCAUAUACAAGCCCUUAGGGGAAUGCGACCAUGUUGUUCCUGUCCUGGGUUUCUCCGAGACGGCCACAACACUGCCUCUAAUGGAAAAGGGGGCUUUACGUUCAUAUUUAAGCCAAAAUAAGCCGUCGAAGUAUCUCCAACGUUCUUGGUUCCGUGGAAUGGCUCGAGCACUUGCACAUGUCCACCAAAGACGAAUUAUUGUGACAGAUAUUGCCAGCCGCAACUUCUUGCUCAACUCUGACUUAUCAAUCAAACUCUGCGAUUUUACCGAGUCCAUCAUAAUGCCCCUUGACACCUGUAUGGAGACGGCUGACUCUGGGGGUUAUUCCAUGCAAACAGAUAUUGGGCAGUUUGGAGCUGUGAUGUACGAGGUAGUGGUUGGGGAGAAGUGCGAAUUUGACAUCUUUAAAGACAUCCCACCAGAACUUAGUGAAGGGAGAUGGCCCCGGAGGAUCUUCCUAGUACCCAGUGUGUCUGGCCUGGUCCGAUAA